UCGGUCUUUAUAAGAGCAGAUUGCCUGCCAGCGUCUCAGUGACACUGCGUGGUUGCACCGUGAAGCUCAGAAAAAAAAAUUUGAGGGCCGUUAGAGAGAAAACCAACAGGAAUUUAUACCUCUUACAUAAUAAUACACACACAGUCAACACGUAAGGUCAUCAGCGCGCCCCGGUGAGGGGGGACAGGACCGUGGGGACCGAAGCUGUCAGUAAUCCGCCGCUUGAAUAAAAUAUCUGGACUGACCACAACAACAGACAAGAGACCAGGGACCAGACUCUCCUGUCCCUCCAAGUAGGAGCAUCGCCAACAACUUCAGAUUAGUCUCAGAUGCAUAUGAACUUUGAAAACUUCUGCACAUGCCAUUCCAUUUUGGAUUCCCGGGACUUUUUGGCGCACCUUUACGCACUCCUGCGCUGCGCCCUGUGACUGUCACACACUGUCUGAUCUGAGCGUGUGAGAAACUUUCUUUUAUCCGGGCCAUGCUGCAGUGACUUCAGCCCGCUGCCUGGGACUUCAUGAUCAAGUUGUAAACAGCAGGAAGUGAAGAAGGAUGCUUGGAAAAUAUUUCUAACACACCGAGCGGAGGAGACGAAAUCUUUUCGUCUUACUUGAUCGAGCAGAACCGCAGGACAGUAAAUCACAAGGAGGCAAGUGGGCUGCAGAGGUGAAGCGAGGACAAGACAGGUUGGUGUCUCCAAAUUCACCGGGCUCGCGUUUCAGACGCCCCGGGGGCGCCUGGUAUUAAAGCGUGCAUUUGACCUGGGAUAAGUUGUCAACAAGAGCAGCGAGCGGAGGCAAACUGGCAGGUGUACAAGUUCAUUUACAUGCGUAUGUAUAUUCACGCCACUAUAUAUAGAAGUUGUCUUAGGGACGAGCAGCCUUAAAAAGUUUCUCCACCCACCCGCCGGCCCUGCAGCAGCAGCUCCACGCACCGGGCGUGUGCGUGUGUCUAUAUAUACACCAUACAGGCUUUUAUUCCUCAUCGCAAUCUGUAUUCGAGAGGGCUGCCCGCUGUCGGUUUGGCUGUGAGGGCAGGAGUCGUCGCAUGGACUGAAAUGGCCACCGACCUCGCCAUGAGCGCAGAGCUGCCCAACAGCCCUCUGGCCAUCGAGUACGUCAACGAUUUUGACCUGAUGAAGUUUGAGGUGAAGAAGGAGCCGCCGGAGGCCGACCGCUACUGCCACCGCCUCCCGUCGGGCUCUCUGUCCUCCACCCCGAUCAGCACACCCUGCUCCUCCGUGCCUUCCUCGCCGAGCUUCUGCGCCCCGAGCCCGGGCGUGCAGCCAAACCAGAGCCUCACCAGCGGGGUCAAUAGCAGCGGCAGCAGCAACAACAGCAGCGGCAACAACAAUCACAGCAACGCGGGCAAGCCUCAGCUGGAGGACCUGUACUGGAUCCCCAGUUACCAGCACCACAUCAACCCCGAGGCGCUCAAUCUGACCCCGGAGGACGCGGUGGAGGCCCUCAUUGGUAACGCGCACCAUCAUCACCACCACCACCAGGCCUACGAGGGCUUCCGCGGGCAGCAGUACGUCGGGGAGGACCUGUCCACGGCCUCGGCGGGCCACCAUCACCAUGCCCAUAACCACCACCAUCACCACCACCACGGCCACCACGCCCGCCUGGAGGACCGCUUCUCGGACGAGCAGCUGGUCAGCAUGACGGUGCGGGAGCUGAACCGGCAGCUUCGGGGCUUCAGCAAGGAGGAGGUGAUCCGCCUGAAGCAGAAGAGACGCACCCUGAAGAACCGCGGCUACGCGCAGUCCUGCCGCUUCAAACGCGUCCAGCAGAGGCACAUGCUGGAGACGGAGAAGUGCACCCUGCAGAGCCAGGUGGAGCAGCUGAAGCAGGACGUGGCGCGCCUUGCCAAGGAGAGGGAUCUUUACAAGGAGAAGUACGAGAAGCUGGCCAGCCGGACCUACAAUGCCGCUGGACCCGCGAACACGAGAGACCCGUCCGGGAAACAGGCCAGCGCCGAGUUCUUCAUGUGAGAGACUGACGAUUUGUAGCAUAGACUCUGAAUUACACCCCCACGUCAUCCCUGUUACAUUCAUGUAUAUUUUUCUGCGUUUGUAUUUAAUUUACAGUUUUUUCCCUCGACAGAAAAGACUUAAACACAACAGCUCAACAAAGAAGCAUUAGAUGCGCAUUUUGAGUCUUAAAUAUGCUAAACUUCUGUAAGCUAACCUGUAAGGUGGGCACAUGGGAUCACUUAGCCUGUAGACCUUUCUCUGGUGCAACAGAACCUGGUCAGAAGUCUUAUUGAACCAAUCUGACAUUUAACAUGACUGUCUUAACUCAGAGAGAGAGAGAGAGAUGCUUUUGUCUUAAAACUGGGGCAAAGAAGGAUUUUUGUAAAAAAUAAAAUAAAAUUUAAAAAAUCAGGUUGGACUGAAAUAGAAGCAGGAAAAGCAAUACACGCCGCCUCUCUCGUGGCUCCAGAAAGCUCAACAGACAGUUUGUGGGAAAGUGAGGCGGCCUGUGAUGAAGAGAAGAGACCUUUCAAUAUUGCAAGUCUAUAGUUUCCCCAUCCCUAUUUGCAACCCUGCAUGCAGGACAUGUAUGGUAACCUCCAGCCAUCUCCCAGAAUCCUUCCACAUGAAUGGAAAGCAUGGCCCAUGGUUCUCUCCUCCUCUGACGCUUCUCCUCCCCCCUCCUCCUCUGCCAUCAAUAAGGCCUGGGUAUGCAAAAAGCCACAAAAAUGUUUCCCCCAUAAACCCCCGAGAGGUGCAAGGACUGCGGAUAAAAAUGCAACAAUCUGCUACUGCGAAACAUGGAUGCGUCUUUAACUGCUAUUUUCAAUCAAUUUUUCUAUUGUUUUAAAAAGAAAAGAAAAACGACAAAAAGAGAUUAACUGAGCCAGAUUUUAGACUGUAUUUAUUUCCACCUGUACAUAAUGUGUAGAGAAAAACAGUUAACUGUGUUAUUUUACCUUUUUCUCUUUUUAAAGAAAACUGCUUUUGUUGCUUGGAUAUUCGAAAUGUCUUAAUACAAAUGUUUGUAUGUUACAGCAUGCAAAUCGUCUAUGGUAUCCUCCUCCUACUGAACAUGUGUAAUGUCAAAGGCAAACCUAUACUGCACUAAGAAGAGAUCAAACUGGACAAACGUUUUGUUUUCUACUGAUAGGACCUUUGAUCUGUUACUCUCUAAAAUCCUGGAUAGAAAUUUGAUGAGGUGGAAGCCUCGUUUAUUAGAUGGACAAGGACUGCAUUCGCUGCUAAAACUCUAUGCACCAACCUGAUGAUUAAAAAGACUUAGUUUAAUGGUUCUUUUUUUUGUUUUGUUUUUUACUUUCAAUCUUUGUAGACGAAAAUUUCUAGGGCCUGCAGGUUUAUUCUGCAGCCCGGUGUCUUAAUACGGUCGUGUGUCUGAUAGGAGGAUGCUUGAUUGUUUGAAAAGAGGAGACUUUGCCUGCUAGUAACUCGAUGCAUUAUUCUGUCAACAAGAAAUCCCUGGUUCGUGUGUUUUCUGCUGCCUAGAUAUAUGUGCAAUAUUGUGCAGAAGUGUCCGAUGCUCAGCCUACCUGUUGGAUGGCGAAAGCUUGCAGGAAGAGAGAUUUUUUUUUUUUUUUUUAGACAUUUAGAUCAAAAUGCCAGAGAAAAACAACUAGAAAAUGCAAAAUAAAUGUGAGAUUAAUCCUUUUUUGUAUUGCUCUCCAAAUGCCCGGUCUUUUAUGUGAGUCAAAAGAUCAAAAAAAGAAAACGAUCAACAAUUAACCUCGCAACACAUCUGGAAAUUAAUCUCUUUUUUUUUAUUUAGGCACCAAUAAUUUCCCUUCAGUAACUUUCUUUGUUUUAAUUAGAUUUUUUGGGGGUUUUGAUGUAACCUCCAAUUUUUUCCUAAAGCAACUACAGCCUAAAAAUCCUAAUUUGAUUUUAAAGAGGACUGCGAUGCAUAAAAAGGAAAGUAAACUUCUGCACAGUGCUGUUAAUGUAUAUCUGUACAUAUAAUUUCUAUAUUUAUUCAAUGAACGUGUCCUAACGUGUCAACAAGUGAAAAACCUACAAAGUGGAACGUUGUUGAGAAUCUUGUUUUCAUAAUGUUUAAUAAAAAGUUCUGUCCCAAA